CAGUAUAGUAGACAAGAAAAGAAAAAAUAUUACACAUAAAUAUAUAGAUUAAGCAAGAAAAUGGGAAACGAGAAGUUGAAGCAAAGGUAUGAUAAAAUGGACAGCAAAAAUCCUUAUUUGUCGAUCGAUUCCACUGAAACUGUAAAGUCCAGCCAAACAAAUGGACGUUACAGGGAGACUCCGUACAUAACGCUCUUGAAAGUUUCUUCUGUGAUUAAUUUCUCUCAAGUGAAGAAAAAUAGUAAUGUGUCUGUGUUUUUUUUUUUUGUGAUUUCACUUUUAUAACGUAAAUGCACAGCUAAAUCAAUAUUAUUUAUUAACACUAUAAUACCCCCUCCAUCAAUGUGAUCUCCUCUUUUUCGAUUUCAUUUUGUUGUAGUUUUAAGUAAAGAGUUUCUUUCUUUUUUUUAUCUCCAGAAGAUUUGGAUUUUGAAUGAGAUAUGGGAAUAAUCAGCACAAUAUUGGGUACGAUUGGUUUCGGAUUCGGAACGACGAUCGGAAUCUUGAUCGGUUACUACUUGUUCAUCUAUCACCAAUCUACCGAUGUUCAGGAUCCUGAGAUAAAGCCAUUGAUGGAGUUAGAUUCAGAAGCUAUAGCAAAAAUGUUCCCUGAAAUACCUUUGUGGGUGAAAAAUCCAGAUUUUGAUCGUAUUGACUGGCUUAACAAGCUCAUUGGCUAUAUGUGGCCUUAUCUAGACAAGGCUAUUUCUAAUAUGGCAAAGUCUAUUGCAAAACCAAUUAUUGCUGAACAAAUUCCAAACUACAAAAUAGAUUCAGUUGAAUUUGAAAUGCUCACUUUGGGUUCACUACCACCAACUUUCCAAGGAAUGAAAGUUUAUGCAACUGAUGACAAAGAGCUAAUCAUGGAGUUGUCAGUAAAGUGGGCUGGGAAUCCCAAUAUACUUGUUGCAGCUAAAGCAUUUGGGUUAAAAGUCACUGUCCAGGUGGUUGAUUUGCAAGUCUAUGCUACACCAAGGAUUACUCUGAAACCAUUGGUUCCAUCCUUCCCUUGUUUUGCCAACAUAUUUGUCUCCCUUAUGGAUAAGCCACAAGUAGAUUUUGGACUGAAGCUACUAGGUGCAGAUGUAAUGGCAAUCCCUGGCUUGUACGGAUUUGUCCAGGAACUCAUUAAAGAUCAGGUUGCAAACAUGUACCUAUGGCCAAAGACUUUGUGUGUACAGAUAAUGGAUCCUUCUACUGCAAUGAAGAAGCCUGUUGGAUUGCUUAACGUGAACGUCAUAAAAGCAAUAAAGCUCAAGAAGAAAGACUUUCUCGGUGGAUCAGACCCUUAUGUGAAACUAACACUCUCUGGAGACAGAGUUCCUGGUAAAAAGACAGUUGUUAAACACAGCAAUCUAAACCCUGAAUGGAACGAAGAAUUCGAUUUAGUUGUCAAAGAUCCAGAGAACCAAGUAUUGCAUCUCAUUGUUUAUGACUGGGAACAGGUUGGUAAACAUGAUAAGAUAGGAAUGAAUGUGAUUCCACUUAAAGACCUAACUCCAGAGGAGCCAAAACUCAUUACACUCGAGCUGUUGAAAUCCAUGGAACCAAACGAGCCAGUUAGCGAGAAAUCGCGUGGACAGCUCGUGGUGGAAGUGGAGUAUAAACCCUUUAAAGAAGAUAACAUACCAGACAACUUAGACGAUCCAAAUGCGGUAGAGAAAGCACCAGAAGGAACGCCUUCAGGUGGUGGAUUGCUUGUGGUUAUUGUUCAUGAAGCUGAAGAUUUAGAAGGCAAAUACCACACUAAUCCUUACGUUCGUUUGCUGUUUAGAGGAGAAGAGCGUAAAACAAAGCGUGUGAAGAAGAACAGAGAGCCAAGAUGGGAUGAAGAUUUUCAGUUUCCGUUAGAUGAGCCUCCCAUAAACGAUAAGCUUCAUGUUGAAGUCAUAAGUACUUCUUCACGAAUGGGCUUGAUUCAGUCUAAGGAAGCUCUUGGGUACGUAGUGAUUAAUCUUGCUGAUGUGGUGAGUAAUCGGAGAAUCAACGAUAAGUAUCAUCUGAUUGAUUCCAAGAAUGGUCGGGUUCAGAUUGAGCUUCAGUGGAGAACUUCUUCUUGAGACCAGAGGUUUGGGUGUUUCUUCUCCUAGGGUUCAAGAAAGAACACUUGUUUGGUUUCGAGUUCCUUGCACUGUACGUAAAGUCUCUAGAUUAACUAUUGUUUUGCUGCUUGUUGCUAUCAUUUGAUUUUAAGCAUAAUGGGCUUAUAUAAACAUAAUGGACCAUAUGUUAACCAUAGUUCAAAUGAGUAUCAUGAAAAUUACCGGGCCAAUAAACGUUCUGAUUUAUCUUCCAUCUUACCGAAAAAAUGAGAAUAGCGAUCACGUUUAGGUUUUGCAAAUUCAUGUUUUUCGUUGAUGGUUUGCAGAGUUAUGGUUAUUAGUAUAAAGAUUAUUAUAUAAAUAUUUAAAAAAAAUUGAGAUGGAGUUAGUUAAUAAAGAAAAGUGGGAUGGUUAAUGGUUGGUGAAUAGUUGGUAGGAAGGGCAGGCAGAUGUAUUAAGCUUAACUUCUCAAGAUAUAAUGAUUUGGUUAGCUCAUAUCUUCCUCGCUUUCUCCUCUAUAUAUAUAUAUAUUUGGUUAAUUCCGCAAUUAUUUAUUCUAAUCUCCUCUUGAGCUGUUAUAUUUGCCUCUUGAGUUGUUUCUUUCAACAACGAAGCUACUGUCUGGUGUGAGUAUGAUUUGAUGAUGGGACAUUCAGUGACAUGGAGGAUCGUUAUUGGUUGAGUUAGUUAGAGUUAGGCACGUCCCUUUGGAGUUUGGACUCUCGUCGCCUAUGUUUCGUAAUCCUAAAGGAAUUGAGAAAGAAAAAGAAAAGAGUUUGAUAGUUAGGAAUCGUGCUGUAACACUAAGUGGCACGUUCUUGGUGAUAGUUGCCAAAUCCAAUGAUUAUAGAUUUCCAUUAUCGCAUAUCCAUAUUUAGCUAUAAUACAAAGUCUAUCUAUCUAUCCCGUAUGUCUUUUUGUACGCUUGUCGUAGACAAAUAAAACGAAGAGAUAGCAAUACAAACAUUCAUGACAUUUUGUGUAUUAUUCAAAAAUUCAAAAACCCGUGACAUAAAAAAG